AUGAGCCAGCAGAACCUGGACAAUGUUCAGAGGCUCGAAGCACUGCUGCGCCAAAAGGCCGAAGAGACCCGCGCGCUCGAGGUUGCGCUGAACCGCGCUCGCUCGUCUGCCACGACGGCCAAUGUCGAGUUCGACGCCGGACCAGGCGACUACCAAGUCUUCUCGCGGCCGGCACCGAACGAAAAUGUGCGCUCCAGAAGCAACACAGUCCCCCGCAGUGCCCUGCCCGUCGGCAUGGCUGCAAGCAUUGACCUCAAGGUCGAGCAUCUCCAACAACUGGACCAGGCGCGUCCCAUGAAGCGUUCAAAGACCACUCACCCUAUAGGGUCCUCGUCAACAGUAAAGAUGAUGAGGUCCAGCUCGAGCGCCUCCACCGCCAUGGCAGUGACAAAAUCCAAUCCCUUCGUGACGAGGGGGCCGGGCCCUGUUGCCCCGCCGUUCCACCAACCCCCCCCCGCACGAAACAGCCUCCCCCAUACCGGGCCCGGCAUGCUAGAUGACUACCUCAACCAGACUCAGCUGCAGCAGCCCGCAAACGCCUUUAUCCACGGCGACUCGCUCUUCUCUGGACAGCCCCAGCGUCUCACCCUGGAGUCCCUGGCCCCGGUAGGCAAAGAGAUGGGCGUGGCCGAGUACCUCACCAUGAUCGGCGUUGGCGGCGACGCCAUGGCAACAGCAUCCCCUAUUGGGAUCUCUUCGGCCAACCACCUGUCCCCGCACGAUGCCAUGCAGUUUUCCAACCACUCCAACAUUCCAUCCGCCUGCGGAUCCAUGACUUCGGGCCCGACCUUGGAGACAGCGCCCAUGACCAGGUCCAACAGCACCAUGAACGACAGUGCGUCCAUCUCGGGACAGUUUAGCGAAAUGGUCCGGAUACAAUCCCAGCGGUCGACAAGCGGCCAUGUGCGCCAGGACAGCUUCAGCCAUUCUCUACACCGAAAACGGUCUGCAGUUGACUCGGACCUGUUUGCCCUCGGCAUCAGCCCUCAGGGGCCCUUCCCCGACGCCUACCCGUCUUCGGCUCCCGCAGCCUCCCUCAUGCAACAGCACGAACACGCAAUGGAGAGGUCGGAUUCACAGUCGAGCACGAGAUCCUCGUCGUCGGCUGGCCUGCCCUCCGACGAGGACCCCGAUGACGCCUUCCUCGCCGACCAUCUUUCCAUGGAGCGGUCAAUGUCCAAGGACAGCAUCAAGUCAGCCCAGUCGCUGAAGCACCGAGCCAAGGAGGCCCUCGUUCGCCAAAAUGUCAACGCGUCAAAGGCUCCCCACAUUCAGCCCAAGCCAGCUGCCGAGAUCAUCAAGAAGGAGCCUGCCGCGAACACGGCCUCCAAUGGGGACGGAAAGGCCGUGAUUGCAAAGGCCAAGUACGAACGCCCCAAGCACCCAAAGGUCAAGUGCUUCCAGUGCAACGAAAACCCCGAGGGCUUUAGAGGUGAGCACGAGUUGCGGCGACACACUGAAGCGCGGCACAAGAGCGUAGUCAAGAAGUGGAUAUGUCGUGAUCCAGAACUCGCAGGCGUCCCCCAUCACGAGUCCGCUGUCAAGCCGCUGAGUGAUUGCAAGCAAUGCUUGCAGUCCAAGCAGUACGGUGCCUACUACAAUGCCGCCGCCCACCUGAGGCGUACUCACUUCAAGGUCAAGCCAGCUCGCAAGGGCGGCUCCAGCUCCAAGAACGGCUCCAAGGGAUCCAACUCUGCCUCCAAAGUAGACGAAGAGAAGCGUGGCGGCAAAGGCGGUGGCGACUGGCCGCCCAUGGCAGAACUCAAGCUCUGGAUGGUCGAGCAGGUUGUGCCAAUGGACCAGGAAGGUGCAUUCGCGCUUAACGGUGUUGAAUCGGUCGGUUGCCUCGACCCCGAAGACAUCGAAAACGAGCUGGCUUAUGACGCCGAAGCUAGCCUUCGGUGCCUCGGACCCAACACGUACGACAUGGCCGCCGCCUUUGCCGGCGUUGGGGGAGGGUUUGCCGGCGAUCUUGACGGCAUUGACCCUUCGUUCCAGAGCCUGCAGGGUGACCUUGGUGCACAGGCGUCCGACUUGUACAUCAACACUUCCAUGUACGCACCUUCGUCUUUGCAUAAUAUGCCGAUUUCGUCGUCCAACUUUGGCUACCCCGACCAGCUCCAAGAGCACGGCAUGGCUUCGUCAAUGAUGAGCAUGGAUAGCCACGCGUACACGUCGCCAGUCUCUUCAGCUGCGACAAUCACACAGAAUGGUGUCUUUGUGCCUCAUUCUCGCGACGAGUUGGCUGAGAUGUCAUUUGACCUCACUUUUGUUACUGCGGCCCAUUGA